GCCGCUCGCUCGGGGGCCAACAUGGCGGCCUCCAAGUCAGGGCCGGCUUCCAGUCCCGGCGCUGCGGACAGCGAGGAGGAGACGAUCCUCUACGACCUGCUGGUCAACACCGAGUGGCCGCCGGAGACCGAAGUGCAGCCUAGAGGUAACCGAAAACAUGGCGCAUCAUUCAUCAUCACAAAAGCAAUCAAAGAUCAUUUAUUAUUUUUACGCCAAUACAUCUGGUACAGCCCUGCACCUUUCUUGCUCCCCGAUGGACUGGUUCGCUUAGUUAAUAAACAGAUAAAUUGGCAUUUGGUUCUUGCAAGCAAUGGAAAGCUGCUGGCUGCUGUUCAAGAUCAGUGUGUGGAGAUCAGAUCUGCAAAAGAUGAUUUUACAUCUAUUAUUGGGAAAUGUCAAGUACCCAAAGACCCCAAGCCUCAGUGGAGACGGGUGGCAUGGAGUUACGAUUGCACACUGCUGGCCUAUGCUGAGAGCACGGGCACCGUGAGGGUGUUUGACCUCAUGGGAAGUGAGCUCUUCGUCAUUUCCCCGGAAUCUAGUUUUGCAGGUGAUUUGAGCUAUGCCAUUGCUGGCUUGAUAUUUUUAGAAUACAAAGCAAGUGCACAGUGGUCUGCAGAACUCCUGGUCAUCAAUUAUCGAGGAGAGCUUAGAAGUUACCUUGUAAGUGUUGGAACAAAUCAGAGCUACCAGGAGAGCCACAGUUUCAGCUUCAGCAGUCAUUACCCGCAUGGGAUAAGCACCGCCGUCUACCAUCCUGCCCACAGACUUCUACUGGUUGGUGGAUGUGAAACUGCUGGAGUGGGAAUCGCCAAAGCGUCCAGCUGUGGCCUUUCUGCAUGGAGAGUCCUUUCAGGAUCUCCUUAUUAUAAGCACGUUACUAACGGUGGAGACAAGGUUACUGCGGUCCCGAAGACACUGGGAUUAUUAAGAAUGUUAAGUGUCAAGUUUUACAGUCGCCAGGGACCAGAACAGGAUGGAAUCUUCAAGAUGAGCCUUUCUCCAGAUGGGAGCCUUCUUGCAGCCAUCCACUUCUCAGGGAAACUGAGCAUCUGGGCCAUCCCAUCCCUAAGGCAGCAAGGCGUCUGGGAUCAAAAUGAGCAGCCAGGGUUUGAUGAACUUAAUCCUCAGUGGAGGCUUUCUACUGAGAAGCGAAAGAAACUAAGAGAUAAAGAGACCUUUUACCCGCUGAUUGAUGUCAAUUGGUGGGUGGAUGGUGCUGUGAUUUUGGCUCGAUGCUCUGGUGCUUUAACUGUUUCAUCGGUGAAAACUUUGAAGAAUCUUCUGGGAAAGUCCUGUGAGUGGUUUGAACCCUCACCUCAAGUCACAGCUACUCAUGAUGGGGGAUUCUUAAGUUUGGAGUGUGAGAUUAAACUUGCCCCCAAACGAUCUCGCUUGGAGCUGCGUGCUGGGGAAGAAGAUGAAGGAGAAGAGAAUUCUGACUCUGACCAUGAAACAUCUGCCAAGGCUCGCUACUUUGGUUACGUGAAACAGGGCCUUUACCUGGUGACUGAGAUGGAGCGAUUUGCGCCUCCUCGGAAGCGCCCUCGAACCAUUACUAAGAACUACCGCCUUGUGAGUUUGCGCUCCACAACUCCCGAGGAGCUUUAUCAGAGAAAGAUUGAAAGUGAAGAAUAUGAGGAAGCCUUGUCUUUGGCCCACACCUAUGGUCUCGAUACUGACCUUGUCUAUCAGAGGCAAUGGAGAAAAUCGGCUGUCAAUAUUGCUUCAAUUCAGAAUUACUUGAGUAAAAUAAAGAAGCGAUCCUGGGUUCUUCACGAGUGUUUGGAGAGAGUUCCUGAAAAUGUGGAUGCUGCCAAAGAAUUACUUCAGUAUGGAUUAAAAGGCACAGACCUGGAGGCGCUUUUAGCAAUUGGGGAAGGAACAGAUAAUGGCAGAUUUAUAUUACCUGGUGAAGUAGACAUUGAUACUGUCUCAUUUGAGGAGCUCUCGCCAUUGGAUGAGGAGCCCGCCAUGAAUAAGGAGGAUAAAAAACUUAAGAAGAGACAGGAACUCCUGAAAUUAGUGAACUUUUCCAAGUUAACACUGGAACAAAAGGAACUUUGCCGUUGUCGACUGAAAUUAUUAACUUACUUAGAUCGACUUGAAACCUAUGAGGAGAUCGUAGGAGUGAGCCACGCAUCUGCACAGAGCUAUGAUGCCGAGUUCUUUAAGAAGUUCCGAAGUCAGAAUAUCGUUCUCUCAGCAAGAACUUACGCUCGGGAAAGUAAUGUCCAAGCCCUAGAAAUUCUGUUCACUUACCACGGUGCUGACCUCCUUCCUCAUCGCCUUCCAAUUCUCUCCAAUUUCCCCGAAACCACUUCUCCACAUGAAUACUCGAGUUUGCUGCCUGAAGCUAGUUGCAGUGGCAGCUCCCUGAUGGUCAUUCCUUGGCAGGAACAUAAUCACCGGGCUAAAGAUUGGUGUGAGGAGCCAAAAUGCAGAAUGGUGGUUGAGCCAAGUCUCCAAGAUGAAAGUGAGUUCUUGUAUGCUGCACAGCCUGCGUUACUGAGGUACAGGACCAGCGAGCUUGCAGUUGAGAAGGUCAUGGACUGGUAUCAGAGCAGAGCAGAGGAGAUAGAGCACCACGCCGGACAGGUUGACUGUGCACUGUCACUUGUGAGACUUGGAAUGGAGCGGCAGAUUCCUGGUUUGCUGGUUCUGUGUGAUGACUUGGUGACGCUGGAAACACUGGUUUAUGAAGCUGGGUGUGACUUAACACUGACUUUGAAAGAACUCCAGCAGAUGAAAGACAUUGAAAAACUGAGAUUAUUGAUGAAUAGUUGUUCUGAGGACAAAUAUGUAACCAGUGCCUACCAGUGGAUGGUCCCCUUUCUCCACCGUUGUGAGAAACAGUCUCCAGGUGCGGCUAAUGAGCUAUUGAAAGAAUAUUUAGUAACUUUAGCUAAAACAGACUUAAAAUUUCCCCUGAAGAUAUUUCAACAUUCCAAACCAGAUCUGCAGCAAAAAAUCAUCCCAGAUCAGGACCAGCUGAUGGCAGUAGCACUAGAGUGCAUCUAUAACUGUGAGCGGAAUGACCAACUUUCUCUCUGCUACGACAUCUUAGAAUGUCUUCCACAGCGGGGAUAUGGUCAUAAGACAAAAGUAACUACAACUCUUCAUGACAUGGUAGACCAACUGGAAAAGAUUCUCAGUGUGUCAGAGCUUUUGGAAAAACACGGACUUGAGAAACCAAUUUCAUUUGUUAAAAACACUCAGUCUAGCUUCGAAGAGGCUCGGAAGCUGAUGGUUAGAUUGACGAGACACAUGGGCCGGAAACAGCCUCCUGUCAGUGAGUCUCACUGGAGAACGUUGCUGCAGGACAUGUUAACCAUGCAGGAGAAUGUGUACACGUGCCUGGACUCGGAUGCUUGCUAUGAGAUAUUCAUCGAAAGCCUUCUGUGCUCCAGUCGCCUUGAAAACAUCCACUUGGCAGGGCAGAUGAUGCACCGCACUGCCAGUUCCAUAGACCCUCCUGCUGUUGCACACCACAAAGGGCGGCCGCAGUACAGGCUCAGUUACUGCAAAAGCACCGACUUGGUCCUGGCUGCCAGCAGAGAGUACUUCAACUCGUCUACCAACCUCACCGACAGCUGCAUGGACCUGGCCAGGUGCUGCUUACAGCUGAUAGCAGAUAGACCCUCUGCCGUUCAGGAGGAGCUAGACCUCAUCCAGGCACUUGGAUGUCUUGAAGAAUUUGGCGUAAAGAUCUUGCCUUUGCAAGUGCGAUUGUGCUCAGAUCGAAUCAGCCUCAUUAAGGAGUGUAUUUCCCAGUCUCCUACAUGCUACAAACAGUCUGCUAAGCUGCUCAGCCUUGCCGAGUUGCUCAAGGUUGCAGGUGAAGACCCAGAAGAAAGGCGUGGACAAGUUCUAAUCCUCUUAGUAGAGCAAGCGCUUCAUUUCCAUGACUACAAAGCAGCCAAUAUGCACUGCCAGGAGCUGAUGGCCACUGGUUAUGCUGAAAGCUGGAAUGUUUGUAGCCAGUUAGGGCAGUCAGAAGGUUACCAAGACUUGGCCACUCGACAAGAACUCAUGGCUUUUGCUUUGACACAUUGCCCUGCCAGCAGCAUUGAACUUCUUCUGACAGCUAGCAGCUCUCUACAGGCCCAAGUCCUGUACCAAAGAGUGAAUCUUCAGAUCCAUCCUGAAGCAGGAGAACACAUCGGUGUUUCAGCAUUAACUAGUAAACCGUUACAGGAGAAUGAAGUAAGUGCUCCAGGCAACAGCUCAGCUGAUCUGUUACACUGGACCACAGCCACCACCAUGAAAGUUCUUUCCAACACUACCACCACCACCAAGGCAGUGCUGCAGGCUGUCAGCGAUGGGCAGUGGUGGAAGAAGUCUCUCACGUACCUCCGGCCUCUCCAGGGGCAAGAAUUUGGUGGUGCUUAUCGAAUGGGAACUGUGGCCAAUGAAGAUCUAGAAAAGCAAGGCUGUCAUCCCUUUUAUGAGUCCGUCAUCUCAAAUCCCUUUGUCAGUGAGUGGGAAGUGACCUAUGACACCUACCAGCAUGACUCAAUGGAAAGCUUUGCCCAAGUGUUACUGAGAACUGGAAAACUUGCAGAGGCUAAAACUGAAGAAGUGUUUCCGACUACAGAAGUUCUUUUACAACUGGCAAGUGAUGCUUUGCCUAAUGAUAUGAUGUUGGCUCUUGCUUAUCUCCUCGCCUUACCACAGGUGGUAGAUGCCAGCAAGUGCUUUGAAAAGCAGGCCCACUCUGCAUUAUCUCUACAGCUGGCGGCUUAUUACUAUAGCCUGCAGAUCUAUGCCCGCCUGGCUCCCUGUUUCAGGGACAAAUGUCACCCUCUGUACAGGGCGGAUCCCAAAGAGCUAAUCAAGAUGGUCACAAAGCACGUGACUCGACAUGAACACGAAGCCUGGCCGGAGGACAUUGUGUCACUGACCACGCAGUUACACUACUACAACGAACGUCUCCUGGAUUUCACUCAGGCUCAGCUCCUUCAGGGUCUUCGGAAGGGCGUGGAUGUGCAGAGGUUUACUGCAGAUGAUCAGUAUAAGAGGGAAACCAUCCUUGGUUUGGCAGAAACCCUUGAGGAGAAUGUCUACAGCAUUGCCCUUUCCCUGGCCCAGCGCUAUAGUGUCUCCCAGUGGGAAGUCUUUAUGACCCAUUUGGAGUUCCUGUUUGCAGACAGUGGUUUAUCCACAGGAGAAAUUGAACAGCGAGCCCAGACCCUUCAUCUCUUUGAGACUUUGAAGACUGAUCCUGAAGCCUUCCACAGGCACAUGGUGAAGUAUAUUUACCCCACUAUUGGUGGCUUUGAUCAUGAAAGGUUACUCUAUUAUUUUACACUUCUGGAAAACUGUGGCUGUGCAGACAUUGGGAAUCCUGCCAUCAAACCAGAGAGCCACAUCCGACUGCUGAAGAAAUUUAAAGUGGUUGCAUCAGGUCUUAAUUAUAAAAAGAUGACAGAUGAAAACACGAGUCCUCUUGAAGCACUGGAGCCAGUGCUUACAAGCCAGAAUAUCUUAUCUAUUUCCAAGCUCGCUCCCAAAAUCCCUGAAAAGGAUGGACGCAUGCUUUCACCAAGUUCUCUGUACACUGUGUGGUUACAAAAGCUGUUCUGGACUGGAGACCCUCACCUCAUCAAGCAGGUCCCAGGGUCUUCACCCGAGUGGCUUCGCGCCUAUGAUGUCUGCAUGAAGUACUUCGAUCGCCUCCACCCGGGUGACCUCAUCACUGUGGUAGAUGCAGUUACAUUUUCUCCAAAAGCUGUGACCAAGCUGACCGUGGAAGCACGUGAAGAGAUGACGAGAAAGGCCAUCAAGACAGUCAAACAUUUUAUUGAGAAGCCAAGGAAAAAAAAUCCUGAAGAAGCCGUUCCGGAAGCUGGUGACUCUAAAGUGACCUAUGCUGAUACGUUGAAUCAUCUGGAGAAGUCACUCGCCCAUCUGGAAACGCUUGGCCACAGCUUCAUUGUUUCUCUGAAGAGCAGUGAGCAGGAAGCACUGCAGAAAUACAGUCACCUCUAUGAUCUGUCCCGAUCUGACAAAGGGAAACUCCACCAUCAUGCUGUGGCCAUGUGUUUGGAUGGUCAUCCUCUCCGAAUGAUCCAGCAGUUGCUAGAGGUGGCCGUCGGUCCUCUGGACAUCUCACCCAAGGAUAUAGUACACAGUGCAGUUGAGAAAAUAAUCUCUGCAUUGAGUGGUGGCAGUGCCGACCUUGGUGGGCUCGGGGACCCCCUCCAGGUCCUGGAACGUGUUGUCGCAGCAGUGCAUACCAGUGUGGACCAAGGAGAGGAGCUGGUAUCUUCUGAGGACCUGCUGGAGUGGUUGCGGCCUUUCUGUGCUGAUGAGGCCUGGCCUGUGCGGCCGCGCCUUCGUGUGCUGCAGAUCCUGGGCCAGUCCUUCCAGCUGAGCGAGGGGGAUGGCAAGCUCCUGGUGUUCUUCAGGACAGAAGCCAUUCUGAAAGCUGCUUGGCCCCAGAGGCAGGUGGACAUGGCUGACAUCGAGACUGAGGAGAACCGCUACUCCCUGUUCCUGGAACUCCUGGAAGCUAGUCACCAUGAGGCCGAGUUUCAGCACUUGAUUCUGCUCUUGCAAGCAUGGCCCCCGAUGCAGGGUGACUGUGUAAGCAGCACCAGCGGUAACCCGUGGGUGAAGCUAGCCACGGUAAUGCUGACCAGAUGUACAGCGGAGAACAGGAAGGAGCUGGGGAAUGAGGUGUUGAACAUGUGCCGCUCCUUGUACGACACCAGGCAGAUGCUGCCUGCAGAGAGCGUGAAGGAGCUGAGCCUGCUGCUGCUCGACCGGUCCCUCCUGCUCCCAGCCCUGAAGCUCCUCCUGGAGAGCCGCGACGAGAGCCUGCAAGCCGCCGCCCUGCAGCGCAUCUCAGCCGUCACCGAGGUGAACGAUUCCAACUGCGACCAGGAACUUCUUUCCCUGCUCCUGGAAGCCCGGCUGCUGGUGAAGUGCAUCUCCACCCGCUUCUACCCGCGGAUCAUUGACCACCUCGUGACCAGCAUCCAGCCAGGGCGCUGGGAUGUGGAGGAGCUGGCUCGGCACCUGCGGGGGGCCGGCCACGAGGCGGAAGCCGGGUCGCUGCUCCUGGCUGUGCGGGGCACCCAUCGGGCCUUGAGAACGUUCAGCACCGCCCUCAGUGCGGCACAGCACUGGGUGUGAGGCCAAGCCCCGGAGGACCGGGGCUUUGUGCUGGAGCCGCAGGCCCCCAGACUGCGUGUGGAGCAGGUGGCUGUUCCAACAAGUUUCAAAUAGAGCUGUAUAUAAAUAACGAGCCUGUGCCGUAUU